AAAACACAAUAGUAGAAGCCGAGACUUUCUUUGCCUCUUUUGGCCCUUUCGUGCCACAUCACACACACACAUACACACACACACACACACACACACACACAAAUACAGACACUUUUGUGUCCCUUUAAUUCGUUUGGCUGCAAAGAAGACACACACAAUGUCAACUUUUGUUGUGUUCUUGCUUUGUGCAGCCUCCUGUGUCUCAGCGUCUGCCUCUGGUGGCGCUCGAGGACCCCAGCUGAAUGACAACCAGCUGUACAAAUUCAGCUACACCACCGAGGUGCUGGUGGACAGGGUCAGGAGGUCGAAAGAGGGCGGUGCUGGCUACAAGAUCUCCAGCGACGUGGACGUCAGUCUCAUGUGGAGAGAUCCCAGCAACAAGGAUGAGCAGUUGAUCCAACUAAAGAUCUCCAAUGUGAGAGCUGACCUUGUGUCCCAGCGCUCCUUGAAGAAGAAUGUCCUCCAUGGAACCAGCAUUGAAAACCUCCUUGGCCAAAGUAGACUGGCGGCGCUGACUAAACCUUUCUAUGUGCACUUGAAAAAUGGAAAGGUUAAGGCUUUUUAUUCCUACUGGGCGGAGCCUGCCAUCAUCAAGAACCUUAAACGAGGGGUGUCCAGCUUAUUACAAAUGCAGCUCAAUACAGGAAAAGUUAUAGAGAAUGACGUGUCUGGAAGGUGCACAGUUUCAUACAAGGCAGAAGACAACCAAGUGAUUAGAACAAAGUACCUGGAGUCAUGUAAGACUGCUGAGACAGGAUUCACCACACACAGUCAGGUUUUGGGUGUGGGCCGGAAGUCGAGCUCUGUCACAGUUUUCACACUUCAAGAUGGAUUCAUCCGUUCAGCCGUGGCUGAAGAAAAACACUGGCUGAUCGUCAACGCUCACCGAUCUUCAUCAGCCAGAGUUGUGUCCAGACAAACCUUCACGCUGGUGGGCACAGAGGCUGGACCUCUGGAGGCUGCUGGGAAAGAUCCGUCCAUGGUUGUCAAGUCGAUUGACACCAAGCUGGCAGCUGUUGGUAUCACAGCGGAGAAAAUGAAAUCCCGGUGCAAGAAUUGUCCUUCUCUUUCCGAACACUGGCAGGGUCUCCAGAAGAAACUCGAGCCAGGGAACUUAUCCAAGGCCACAGCCCCUCGUAGCUUCUUGGCUCUCAUCCAGAGUAUCAGAAAGGCAUCCAAAGAUGAAAUCCUCAAAGUGCUGAAGAGCGCCAGCAAGACGGCUCUUCCUCAAUUGGUGGAUGCUGUCACAUCCUCCCAAACCACUGCGUCUUUGGAUGCCAUGCUUCAAUUCCUAAACUUCACCGAUGCCAAAGGUGUGGUUCUGCAGGAGAGGUUUCUUUAUGCAUGCGGAUUUGCUUCACAUCCCAAUGAGCGCAUGCUCAAAUCUCUGUUGGAGAUCUCUAAAGGAAAGAUCGUCAGCACUGAUAUCAAAGAGUCUGUGGUGAUUAUUAUGGGAGCCCUGGUCCACAAGCUGUGUCAGAAAGGAGGAUGUAACUUGCCGACAGUGGUGCAGGUCAAGAAGAUGAUCCUGGAAGGUCCGGACAGCACACAGGAUGAAUCUGAAGUCCAGAUGUUCCUCCUGGCCCUGAAAAACUCUCUGCUCCCAGAGGCCAUUCCCAUCUUUACCAAAUAUGCUGAGUCGGAAGUGGGCGCGUACAGCACCAUAUCACUCACCAGCCUGCAGAGAUACGAUGCCGCUCUCAUGACGGCUGAGGUCAAACAAACGGUAAACAGAAUUUACCACCAAAAUCGCCGGAUUUAUGAGAAAAACGUGCGAGCUGCCGCCGCUGACGUCAUCCUCAGCAGCAACCCGUCUUACAUAGAAGUCAAGAAUCUUCUCUUGUCCAUCGGUCACCUGCCUCAUGAGAUGAACAAGUACAUGUUGUCAAAGAUUCAGGACAUCCUCCGCUUCCACAUGCCAGCUAGCCAAGUGCUGAGACAAGCUAUGCAGGACGUGAUUGCACACAACUAUGAUCGCUUUUCAAAAUUCGGGUCAUCAUCUGCAUUCUCAGGAUUCAUGGCACAAUCUGCCGAUGUCACCUCCACAUACAGUUUGGACAUCUUGUACUCUGGCUCCGGGAUUCUGAGAAGAAGCAACAUGAACAUUUAUGGAGCUAGUAAAGGAGCAAUGCUCCAUGGACUCCAGGUGGCCAUUGAAGCACAGGGGUUGGAGUCGCUCAUCGCCGCUACGCCGGAUGAGGGCGAGGAAGACUUGGAGUCAUUCGCCGGGAUGUCAGCUCUGCUGUUUGAUGUCCAACUGAGACCUGUUACCUUCUUCAAAGGUUACAGCGACCUCAUGUCCAAAAUGUUCUCUAUGACUGGGGAACCCAUGAAUGUUGUGAAGGGUCUGAUUCUGCUGACGGAUCAUUCUGAGGUCAUCCAACUGCAGUCUGGUCUGAAGGCAAGUGCAGAGUUCCAAGGUGGGUUAGCUAUUGAUAUCUCCGGCGGCAUGGAGAUCAGUUUGUGGUACAGAGAGUCCAAAACCAGCGUCAACAACAGGGGGGCAUUAGUUGUCUCAGGUAAUGUUACAGUAGACAUGGACUUCAUGAGCGCCGGUUUGGAAGUCAGCUUUGAAACUGAAGCGGCCCUCGACUUCAUCACUACAGUGCAGUUCUCUGAGUAUCCCUUCCUGGUAUGCAUGCAGAUGGACAAAACCACCUUCCCCGUCAGGGAAUACGCAAAGAAGCAUGAGAGUCUGUCAUCAGGGAAGAGUGUGGUGUCAAGAAAGAGCAGGAAGCUCCUCAUCCCCGGCUCGGAAUUCCCACUUCACCAGGAGAACUCCAACAUGUGCAAGAAGGUUUUUGGCUCCAGCUGGUAAAGGAGGUCUAGUAAACUUCUAGGAAGGGAGGAGUUUAUUUUUUUUGGGGCAGGUUAUUUUUCCCCUCUAUGAGGUUUCAUUGCAUUUCACACCUCAGCAUCUUAAGCAGCCAAACACACAAAAGAGACAAAUGUGGUGAAUGUGUUUUGUUUUGCAAUGUUUACAUUCCUGUGGCGUAUUUAAGAAAUAAUUUGACAUUUUGUUUUGCAAUUGGGAAUUAUUUUGUUGUGUUUUUAUGGUUUUAUUUAUGUUGGGCAAAUACAGUACAGUAUGCAUGUUUGGCGUGAUGGAGGUUGACAAUGGACAUUAGUACAAGGUGUCAAAAAACAAACCUAUUUUAUUAAAUGUGAAGCAACUUAAAUACAGUAUGUACCAGAGUAGUAAUGUCACUAAAUUGCGCUGUGCUGGUUUACAUUGUACAAGAUCUGGGAUAAAAAAAAUAAACAAAAAUUGAAAAUAAUAUUUUUACAAUGUUUUGACUUGACGGUUCCAUGUCUGACAGUUAUACUACCCUAGUGAGAGAUACAUUUUAUUAUU